UUUGCUUACCUGGUAAGGAACAUGGACUUCUCUUUGAGCAAGGAGGUUAGGAAGGACCCAUAUAUGUGGACUUUAGUUUCUGUUAGUAACGGUAACAUGUAGCAGGGAAUCUACAAAAGUAACACUACAACCCCACGGUGCAACGGCCAAAAGGUCUGAAACCCAGAAACCUUCGGAACAGAGAGACUGGUAUAUCUGAAAAUGCACGAGUCACUCUCCAAGUUAUCCAUUAACACCACCACCGCCACCAACAGUGGUGAUCUCGGCAUUCAAAUGGAGCUCGUGAGCGAGGAAGAAAUGGCUUCCAUUGAAGCUGCCUUAGCGGCCGCCACUCCCUCUCCUCUCUCUUCCUCUGCAACUCCUGCAACUCGUUCACCCUCUCAGUUCCAGAGUAAAGGGAAGUCUAUCCAACCAAUCACUUCCCCCCCAUCCAAGGCUAAGAGAAAGUUGUCGUUUUGUGCGGAAUCCGAUAUUGAGGAUUUAGGCAGUCUUAGGAGUGCCCAAAAGAGGAGCAGAGUGGUCGAGACGUCGUUUUUCCACCGAUUUAGGAGCAAGACUGGAUUGUACGUCAGUGAUGUUACUUCCACGGAAUGGUGCGAACAACAAAAGGAGUUUGUUCUUCUCUAUCAAGAGCCAAAGAGUACACAAGCUAUGAGAACAGGAAUGGCUCGCCAUGCAAUACUUGAAGGAGAGGUUGUACAAAAGGUGGAAGUUCGAGUCAGAUCAGUUGAGGACGUAUGGGCUGUGAGGCUGAUGAAUUUUAUAAUUCGUGCAAAUCAAUUAUUAUUCGAAGGAUUAACACGCGAGCUGCCACUGAUAGGCUUUGUAGAAGGUGUAUGGAUGGUGGGAAAGAUUGAUGAGGUUCGGAUAUCAGUAACUGAAACUGAUACAAACGCAAUCUUAGUAGAGACAAAGACUCGUAUGACAAAAACACCUCCUGCUGAACCACAACAAAGAAACGGAAGGCUGCAAUUGAUGUGCUACAAGUAUUUGUGGGACAAUUUAGUAGCUGAUAACUUCCCCUCUACACAGUUUUUCAAUUUCUUUUCCUUGAAUCCUUAUUAUAUCUUGUCCGAAGAAAUCACGAAGAACAGUACUAAGUCAGGGUUUCCUACGAAGACCCUUGAUGAUGUGGUGAGGUAUUUUAGACAUACAUGCUGCAUGCUUCCCCCUGCUCAUGACCUACUGUUAUUGAGAUAUGAAUUCCAAAAGGAUAAUGCAGUGCUUGGUGAAGAACAUUUUCCCUAUGAUUCUGAUUGGGUCCAGAGUGAAAUUCGUUCUUGUCUCGAGUUUUGGAUGGGAGAGCGAGAAGGUCGUUGCACACCAGAGGGUUGGAAAUGCAGGUUUUGUCAAUUUGCUGAUAUCUGUCCCACUCAAACCAAGCCUGUAGAUGGUACACCAAGUUAGGAGAAGCCACUGACCUCCGUCUAUGUUGCUUUAAUCAGCUUCCUUCGUGAUAUUGUUGCGGUAAGCAAAUAAUGCAACCUUUCCACUGACCAGAGCCAUAUGCCAAUGGCUCUUUUUUUUUUUUUUUUUUCCUUGUGGGAUAUGGCACAGUAGUCAAUAGUUUAUUAUACAUGUAUGUAUAAUUUGUGCAUCAAAUCAAAUGUAUCUAUUACCAUUAUUUUGUAUUCGAUCAUUCCAUAGGAAUGAGGGAUAAAGAUGAUUUGUAGUUGUAAAAUUUAU